CUCGACGUCCUUAUCCCGAUACCCGACACGCCAACUUUUCACCCAGUUCGACAACGCUUCCGAGUCGACACACACCGCAGCCAUGGCGACCGAGUUGAACGUCCAGUCCGAGCGCGCUUUCCAGAAGCAGCCUCACAUCUUCCAGAACUCGAAGUCUCAGGCCAAGUCUAAGAAGGCUGGCCAGACUCGCCGCUGGUACAAGGAUGUCGGUCUCGGUUUCCGUACCCCCAAGACCGCCAUUGAGGGCACCUACAUCGACAAGAAGUGCCCCUUCACCGGUCUCGUCUCCAUCCGUGGCCGUAUCCUGACCGGCCGUGUUGUGUCCACCAAGAUGCACCGCACCAUCGUCAUCCGCCGUGAAUACCUCCACUACGUCCCCAAGUACAACCGUUACGAGAAGCGCCACAAGAACCUGGCUGCUCACGUCUCCCCCGCUUUCCGUGUUGAGGAGGGUGACUGGGUCACCGUCGGCCAGUGCCGUCCCCUCUCCAAGACUGUCCGCUUCAACGUCCUGCGCGUCCUGCCCCGCACUGGCAAGGCCGUCAAGUCUUUCGCCAAGUUCUAAGCGUUGAAUUGAUCUGGGUGCUCGGAAUGGACGAUACGGCGAAGGAAGCGGUUUGAACUGGAUAUAAAGGAAUUUCUUGGACGGGGGUCGGGAUAGUUUACGAGUUUCCAUGUCCCAGAUACCUUGCUGAAGAAUGUGUAUCCACACAAAAAGCAAAAAUAUUUCAUCGAUCCUCCUGCCAUGGAAACCGUACACCCACCCUGAUUAAGAGCUAUCUCC